CAGUUUUUUCUAUUGCUGCCAAGCCCUUGGAGAGAAUGAUAGUAUGGGGCGUUAUCAUGGAAAUAACACAGAAUGCAAACACAUCUUUAUCCCCUCAGAGAAUCAGACAGAUGUAGGGUGGGGGGGUUAGUGAGAAAGAGUGAGUGGUAUAGCGCAUCAAGGGAUAAUUACGGUUAAUUACUGCUUUCUGGAUGUGCAGUCUGCAUUCAAAGAAAGUGACUAACCACGGGCUGUGUGACUGCAGAAACAUUUACAAGGCAGACGGCUGGGUAGCUUUGAAAUAUAGAAGAUACUAUUGGGUGUUUAUGACAGGUAGAGAUAUGAAAGUGACUUUGAAGUUACAACAGGAAUGUCUCUUUAAAGAUUACUACUAAAGUUGGUUGAAGUUUAUGUCCCAGUGUUUCAUGUCUUCUCAGUAGCAAAUAGAAAAACUAAAGUUGGCAUUCAUAUCGUUUUGGACUUUCGAUUAUAAAGUACAUACACAUACAUGCAGUUACUUUUUAUACUUUUCUGGUAAUAAUGUCUCCAGAAUGUUAAAAAUAGAUGAUUGACAGAAGCUGACUUGAACCUGACAGUUCGUUACACACUGACACACUGAUAUACAAAUGAUUUUGACUCUUGUCUUUUUGUCUCGGGCCUUUCAUCUCUCUCUCUGUGUCUCUCUCCCUCUGCGCACCUGAGCUGAUGCGGCAAAACAAGGCCACGUGUGACUGACCAAUCAGAACGAGCGGAGAGGUCCAAGGAUUGGAUGAAAGGGGCGUGCUCAACCAGGCCGGCAAACUACUGCAACACUAUGGAUACUGGAGAUUGUCCCUUCCGGAAGAAACGGAGACCAUGGCGCAUGGACUUCUCAUCCUUCGCCUUGGUAACCGUGGCGCUCGCCCUGUGCCAAACGACCGUGGUUCGGGCAGACCCAGUGGAUGUGUUGCGGGCUCUGCAGGUUCCCUCUCUCCCCGAGGGCGUGAAGAAAGUCCCCGGCUUCUGCACAUCCCGUCGCUCUGGCAGCCCCGAUCAUGCUUACCGCAUCACCAAGAAGGCCCAGAUCUCCGCCCCCACCAAGCAGCUCUUCUCAGGUCGAUUCCCAGAGAACUUCUCCAUCAUGGCUCUGGUUAAGGCCCAGGCUGGUCUCCAGGCCUUCCUCCUCUCCAUCUACAGCGAGCAGGGUAUUCAGCAGUUGGGCAUUGAAAUGGGACGCUCACCUGUUUUCCUGUACGAGGACCAGAACGGCAAGCCAGCCCCUGAGGACUACCCACUGUUCAGAGGCGUCAACCUGGCUGAUGGCAAGUGGCAUCGCAUCGCUUUCUCUGUUUCAAAGAAGAACGUCACACUGCUGCUGGACUGCAAGAAGAAGAUGACCCGUCCCCUGCCCCGCGGCAACAACGCGGAGGUCGACACCAAUGGCAUCACAGUGUUUGGAGCCCGUCUGCUUGAUGAGGAAGUUUUCCAGGGAGACAUCCAGCAACUGCUGAUCGCCUCCAACCCCCAGGCUGCCUAUGACUUCUGUGAACACUACAGCCCUGACUGUGACUCCCCACUGCCCAAGACCCAGGCUCAGGACCCCAACACAUACUACUUUGAUGAGGAGCAGGAUGACCAUGAAUACCCCUAUUAUUAUGAGGAAACAACAGGCGUUCCCUCCUCGUCCUCUGCGUCCCCCUCUCCCCAACCUGGGGCCCCCACGCAACAGGAUGUAGACACUGAAUAUUCCGAGGCUGGCCACACCCCUACAGAGACUGAUUAUUACUAUGAGGGGCCGCUGACAGAUGGUGUCGAGAUUGGACAAGAAGAGAACGCUGUUCAGCCCCAGGUGGAGCCAACAUUGGUGGGAGAGGAGGUAGAAGCCAGCAAGGCAGGCGGUGUGGGCGAGGAGGCCUUCACUGAGGAGUAUGUGACUGGGGACGUGGGCCUUAAGGAAUACGACUAUUCCUACAGGGACUACAAUGAGCCAUUACUGGAGACUGGAGGGGUCGAUUCCAACAUGGGCCCCGCCCUGUCCGCUGUGACAGAUGAGGGAGGCGCUGCUGUCAGAGCCCAGAAAGGAGAGAAAGGAGAACCUGCUGUCUUGGAGCCUGGUAUGCUGAUUGAAGGACCUCCAGGACCUGAGGGACCUGCCGGUCCUAGCGGUCCCCCCGGCUCUUCUGGACCUCCUGGCUCUGUCGGUGACCCUGGCGAGAGGGGACCUCCUGGUAGGGCUGGUCUGCCUGGAGCUGAUGGAGUCCCUGGACCUCCUGGAACCUCUGUCAUGCUGCCUUUCCGUUUCGGUCAGAGUGGAGGAGAUAAGGGUCCUGUCGUUUCUGCACAAGAAGCCCAGGCAGCAGCCAUCUUGUCUCAGGCCAGGAUGGCUCUGAAAGGACCUCCUGGACCAAUGGGAUUUACUGGACGGCCUGGACCUCUGGGAAAUCCAGGAAGUUCUGGUCUGAAGGGAGAGAGUGGAGAUCCCGGUCCUCAGGGCGCCAGAGGACCCCAGGGUAUGAUGGGACCCCCAGGCAAAUCAGGAAGAAGAGGCCGUGCUGGAGCUGAUGGUGCCAGGGGAAUGCCAGGAGAGACCGGAUCUAAGGGUGACCGUGGUUUUGAUGGCCUUCCUGGUUUGCCCGGUGACAAAGGACACAGAGGUGACUCAGGAGUAAUGGGACCCGCAGGACCUCAAGGAGAGGACGGAGAGAGGGGAGACGACGGAGACAUUGGACCCAGGGGUCUCCCAGGUGAACCAGGACCAACACGUGGGUUGGCUCGACAUAAAGGUCCUCCUGGAAUCCCUGGACCUCCUGGUGUACGAGGAAACGACGGGCCCCACGGUCCCAAAGGAAACCUGGGUCCCCAAGGAGAGCCAGGACCUCCAGGUCAGCAGGGAACCCCAGGAACUCAGGGAAUGCCAGGUCCUCAGGGACCCCUCGGACCCCCAGGAGAGAAAGGUCCCACAGGAAAACCAGGUCUGCCAGGAAUGCCUGGAGCUGACGGCCCUCCAGGUCACCCAGGAAAGGAGGGGCCUACUGGCACCAAAGGAAACCAGGGUCCCAACGGUCCCCAGGGAGCUAUCGGCUAUCCUGGACCUCGUGGCGUCAAGGGAGGUCAAGGAAUCCGUGGACUGAAGGGUCACAAGGGCGAGAAGGGAGAAGACGGUUUCCCUGGAAUUAAGGGAGAUUUUGGUUCCAAGGGAGAGAGGGGUGAGAUUGGAGUCUCAGGUCCCAGAGGAGAGGAUGGUCCAGAGGGGCCAAAGGGUCGUGUCGGACCCCCUGGUGAGAUCGGACCACUUGGAUUAGUUGGAGAGAAGGGUAAACUUGGUGUACCUGGACUUCCUGGAUAUCCUGGAAGACAAGGACCCAAGGGAUCUCUUGGAUUCCCAGGAUUCCCUGGUUCAAACGGCGAGAAGGGAACAAGGGGUCUUAGUGGCAAAUCAGGACCAAGAGGACAAAGAGGACCAACGGGUCCCAGAGGUCAGAGAGGACCAAGAGGCGCAACAGGGAAACCAGGAGCAAAGGGAACAUCAGGAAGUGAUGGCCCUCCCGGUCCUCUUGGAGAGAGGGGAUUGCCCGGGCCUCAGGGAGCCAAUGGUUUCCCCGGACCUAAGGGACCUCCUGGACCACCAGGAAAGGACGGGCUGCCUGGACACCCUGGACAGAGAGGAGAAGUCGGUUUCCAAGGUAAAAUGGGUCCACCUGGGCCUCCUGGAGUCGUUGGACCUCAGGGUCCAUCAGGAGAGACCGGCCCCAUGGGCGAGCGUGGACACCCCGGACCACCAGGUCCACCUGGAGAGCAGGGACUUUCUGGUCCCUCAGGGAAGGAGGGCACCAAGGGAGACCCUGGACCCCCCGGAGGCCCCGGUAAAGACGGGCCACCAGGACUGAGAGGUUUCCCCGGAGAGAGAGGACUGCCUGGAACUCCUGGAGGUGGAGGACUGAAGGGAAGUGAAGGACCUGCCGGACCUCCUGGACCUGCUGGAUCUCCUGGUGAGAGGGGACAAGCUGGUACCGCUGGACCUGUUGGACCUCCUGGCAGACCAGGCCCUCAGGGGCCUCCUGGACCCGCUGGAGAGAAGGGAGUUCCUGGUGAGAAAGGCCCUAUUGGCCCAGCAGGUCGUGAUGGAGUGCAGGGUCCCGUGGGUCUGCCUGGCCCUGCUGGAUCGCCUGGAGUACCCGGAGAGGACGGAGACAAGGGUGAGGUUGGAGAACAUGGUCAGAAGGGCGGCAAGGGAGCAAAAGGAGAGCAUGGUCCUCCUGGUCCACCCGGGCCAAUGGGUCCUGUCGGUCAGCCUGGUCCUGCUGGUGCUGAUGGAGAGCUAGGACCAAGGGGCCAGCAGGGGCCUUUUGGAGCUAAAGGUGACGAAGGAUCCAGAGGAUUCCCAGGAGCCCCAGGACCCAUCGGAUUGCAGGGACUGCCAGGACCUCCAGGUGAGAAGGGAGAGACGGGAGAUGUUGGACCUCUGGGUCCUCCAGGCCCUCCAGGACCUCGUGGCCCUGCUGGACCCAACGGUGCUGACGGUCCUCAAGGUCCUCCUGGUGGUUUGGGUAAUCCUGGACCUCUUGGAGAGAAGGGAGAGCCCGGUGAGGGAGGACCACCUGGAAUUGGAGGAGAACCAGGAAAGAAGGGUCCUCGUGGAGAGCGCGGAGAGAAGGGAGAGGCUGGACAACCUGGAACUGCUGGACCAGCUGGAGGACGAGGACGACCUGGAGACGAUGGACCCAAAGGAAACCCUGGUCCUGUUGGUUUCCCCGGUGAUCCUGGUCCCCCUGGUGAGCUUGGACCCAGAGGUCAAGAUGGCGCCAAGGGAGAGAGAGGAGAAGAUGGAGAAGCAGGAGAAUCUGGCUCCCCUGGACCUCCUGGUGAGAACGGACCUCCCGGCCCUCCAGGAAAGAGGGGCCCUGCUGGAACAAGAGGACCAGAGGGACGUCAGGGAGAGAAGGGAACUAAGGGAGACUCAGGUGCUGUCGGCCCUCCAGGAAAAACCGGCCCCGUGGGACCUCAGGGUGUCCCAGGAAAACCAGGAACAGAAGGUCUCAGAGGACUCCCGGGAUCAGUGGGUGAGCAAGGAUCUCCAGGACCUGCUGGACAAAAAGGACCACCUGGACCUCUUGGACCUCCUGGUUUGCCUGGUCUGCGUGGAGACCCUGGUGCCAAGGGAGAGAAGGGACACCCAGGUCUUAUCGGUCUCAUUGGACCCCCAGGAGAGCAGGGAGAGAAGGGAGACAGGGGUCUGCCCGGGCCUCAUGGAUCUCCUGGAUCAAAGGGAGAGACUGGAAUGUCUGGAGGCACUGGACCCCUCGGCCCUGCUGGUCCUCCUGGUCUCCCUGGUCCUCAAGGUAUCAAAGGAGCUAAAGGUUCUGCUGGAGGAUCUGGUCCAAAGGGAGAAAAGGGUGUACAAGGACCUCCUGGACCUCCUGGACCACCAGGCGAGGUCAUUCAGCCCCUGCCCAUCCAGAGGAGUCCCAAGUCCAAGCGUUCCAUCGACGCCAGCCAGCUUCUCCCUGAGUCCGACCCCGACAUGCCUGCAUCUGACGCCGCUGGCACUGAGUUCCUGAUGGGCAGCGAAGGCAUGGAGGAGAUCUUCGGCUCUCUCAACUCACUUCGACAGGAGAUCGAGACAAUGCGCUUCCCUCUGGGCACCCAGGACAGUCCUGCGCGCACCUGCCAAGACCUGCACCUCAGUCAACCAGACCUCAAAGACGGAGAUUACUGGAUCGACCCCAACCAGGGCUGCUCCAGAGACUCCUUCAAGGUCUUCUGUAAUUUCACUAACGCAGCAGAGACGUGCCUGUACCCCAGCAAGAGCAUCAACACGGUGAAGAUGAGCUCCUGGGACAAAGAGACUCCAGGAUCCUGGUUUAGUGAGUUCGCCACUGGUAGUAAGUUCUCCUACGUGGACUCUAAUGGCGAGCCCGUGGGUGUAGUCCAGCUGGGCUUCCUGCGUCUCCUGAGCGUCCAGGCCCGCCAGAACCUCACCUACCACUGCCACCGCUCAGUGGCCUGGGCUGACCCCAGCGCCAAGAACAGUUACGACAGGGCACUGCACCUCAAAGGUGCCAACGAGGAGGGUCUGAGCUACGAGACCAACCCUUACAUCAAAGCCUUGGUCGACGGCUGCUCUUAUCGUAAGGGCUUCGACAGGACAGUCCUGGAGAUCAACACGCCACAGGUGGAGCAUCUUCCUCUGCUGGAUAUCAAGGUGUCAGACUUUGGGGAGAGCAACCAGCAGUUUGGCUUUGAAGUGGGACCUGUCUGUUUCCAAGGCUAAAAACACACACACACACACGCAUCAUGCAAAGAACAACACAUGCAAAUACUCACACACACGCACACACGCAUGCACUUAGAGACACACUUAUAUAUAAUAAACAUACAUGCCCAGUAAUUUGUAAAUUAACUUGUAAAUGAUAUGAAACACACACCGACACCCACAGACACACACACUUUACACAUGCAGAUGCUGUUGUGAGACAAACAUGCACUCACACUCAAGUACGUGCCUGGGGAAAGCAACAUCCUCCCAACAAUUAAUGGACGUCAAAAAAAAAGUAAAGAGGAGAGAAAUUAUUUUAAAAAACUCGCGGAGAGGAGACCAUCGUUGGGUGCAUGACCGCGAAAACGGAAGAAAAAACCAGGAGAGAGUUCUUCGGAAUAAAACAGUGUUUUCUUUACCAGCAGCGUAAGGGGCCGGCCCGAGAAAGAGAGCAAGCCAGCGACUUGAGGCCUGAAGCCCCCCUCCCCGUCUCCGAUCCCCCUCUCACUCUUCUCUCCUCCCCGCUGUCUCUCUUUUUUUUUUUCCACUCAUCUCACCUGCUCUACCUCCCCCCUCCUCCUCCCAAAAAAGGGUCACACUUGGACAUUAUUUCCAUUUCUUUAAUUCCACGUUCACACCGUAAGCAGCGUGGUUGGCGGUCGCUCUUUAAUGACUGACAGGAAUGCACGAGGCUCCUGUGUAGCUGUCUGCAUGCAUGAUGUUUGAAACCCUUAAAUGUGUGUUUUGACUCGCAGUGUUGGACGUUUUUUAUUCAUCUAGUCAUUCAGAUAAAAUGUUGGAAACUGAAGGCCAGUUUAGCUGUGGCUGACACGCAAACCUUUGGACCAUCUCUGUAAGGGUUAACUCAUCUGGUCGUCUGGCUAGUGGCUUGUCAAUCAUGUUGCUCACAUUGAACACAGAGUAAGUCUCAGCUCUUAUGUUACAGCAAAAGGAACCAAAGAAUUAAAGCCACCAGUUUCCACCCAGACUAAAAAAAUGAGGGAACUGACCAAAUGAUAGCAGCCUGUUAGAUCUGUCUUUGUGAAUUUCCUCCUCUGUAAUAUUCUCUUCAUGACAUCCUGAAGUUUUAUUAAAACCAUCAGCUCAAAGUGAUGAUUGAAAAAUCUUUCUGGUGUUAUGCAAUGAGGUCAUGGAGUCCAGUGUGAUGCAUUCUCUUUAAAACUCUGCUCAGCCCUGAGAGCAGCAGACUCUUUGAUUCGUUCAUUUGUUAACGUUGGACAUAAAAGCCAUUAUUUUUGUAAACUGUGCUAGAUUUGAUGCUAUUGUACUUUGCAUGUUAACGGCUGAUUCUUCUUUAAAUCGUGGAUCAGGCUACCAGGGUCACUACCACACACCAGUCCAGUAUUUGCUGAGUCACUUUCUGGAGUUUUUUUGAUCACUGUUUUCCAUCCAGAACACGUUUUCUGAUUUCACAUCCGAGCACAGAACAUCAUCAGGGUUUAAAUAUGUAUAUGAGAUUCAAAGUUCCCUCCUUUUUUCCUACAGCAGUGAAUAAAACGCAUGCUUUACUGAAAGAAACUGUGUGGCAAGGUGCUAAUUAUACCAAAGCAUAAAAGUUUUAGUAUUCACUUUGAGUCCUUCAUUUUCUUUAGUCUCUUUUACAAUUUCAUAAAGCUUUUUACUGGGGAAGAUGUGCAUUACAUUCCAUUUGUACAGAAAUAGUGAUAUUCUAUUGUAUUUAUUUAAAACAAACAGGGUGCUUUGAGAUUAAAAAAACAAGGACCAUCAAAUAUUCCAGUCAAAUGUGGUAUAUUUCAUUUGUAUUUAUUUCCUGCAGCUUGAAGGUCGAGUGAAGCAAAGUGACUUCAAUGUUAAACUCGCUGCCAGCCUGAGUUAUGGUGCUUCUGUUCACGCCCUGUCCAAACUCCUUUUGUAGAACCAAAGAAUCUGUGGCCAUAUUUUAUUGUAAUAUCCCUUUUUAGUGUUUUCAUCGACUGUACUGUGCUGUUAAAUUUUUGCUUCCACUGUAAUGAUUAAAUGGUGACUCUCCAGUUCUGUCACAUUUCCUUGUCGUUGCUACUGUUUGAGUUGGCGUUUCAUGGUUUCAGGCUCGGGUUACUGCUUGACUGGGCUUUGACAUAAAGCACAGAACUUCAGGUACCGAGUCAGUGCUGACACACAAUCCGCUGAUCUUUCGCAUUUCUAUCUGAGACCACGGCGGGUAGGAGAAAGGUUGUGAGAGGGAGGGGACAGCUCUGCCGGCCGCCAUGCGUGGCUGUGGGGUGAUAUCAUACUAGGUUCUGAUUUAUUUGUUUGUUUUUGAUUUGUUUGUCUUUUUUAAAUAUAGCAGGGACACGGGGAUGGCCAAAAACUACAAAAAUUAAGAAAUCUGACCUUGAGAUUCUCCACGGAGGAUGACCUCAAAUAUGUUUGUUUUUAUUGUGUUGAAGACGAAACAUUUCAACAUAAAAUAUGGUGCUGA